AUGUCAGUCCUGGCCACCUUCAUCCUCAGUUUCUUCGCUGUGGGCCCGCGGGACAUCACGCUGCCCUACGCUCCUGGUGCCAACGCUACCACCGGCCUGGGCACUGCCAACUUCACUGAUCAUUGCCUGGUAACCCUGAGGGACAACCUUAGACUGCACCACAGACACCAUGAUGACCUUUCCACUGUGUUUGCUGUCAUGUUCAACGGCUGUACAGGCAUCAUAGCUGGUUCCAACAUGUCAGCGGACCUGAAGAGCCCAAGCUACUCUAUCCUCAGGGGAACCCUGGCAGCAGUCAUCUUAACCUUCAUCUCCUACAGCAUUCCUGCUCAGCCUGCUGUGCAGGUGGUGUUUUCAGGGAAGCUGAACACCAUGACCUACAGAGUGACCAUUUUCUUCCUUGUCUAUGCUGCUGUGGAUCUGGCCUGCCUGGCUCUGCAAUGGGCCUCUGCACCCAACAGGCCGUCGUUCCGUUGCUUUACCUGGGACACGUGUGCUCGGGGCAUAGUAGGCUGCCUGGUGAUGAUGUUCCUGAUCGCCAUCUACGGCUCGGCUGGCAAGGCCUUCAUGUUGCUUCUGCUCCGUAUCUCUGGUUUCAAACCCUCAACACACCACACCUCCCUAAUGUCAGAGGUUUCAGACCAGGGGUGCAGCUCCAUGCCCAGGGGGGCCUUCUCGUGCAGCUCCAUGGCCCAGCUCCAUCGUAUGAGCAGCUACGGCCAGGGUGGUCCAGACCUGGGUCUUGCCUCAGAGGGCAGUGACAGCAUCGGGCGUAAGAACGUCCGCUCACGUUCCCGCCACAAUGACGUGGAGAUGAAGAGCAGUGGAUCCAGCGGGAGCGAGACCGAGUCACACGGCAACGAGAGCCACAGAAGCCAUGGAAACGAGAGCCACGGCAACGAGAGUCAUGGCAACGAGUCGACAGGUAGCUCCAACGGCAACAGCAAGGACUCCGCCCUCUUGGAGUCGUCUGGGAGUAACAAGAGCUCUAACUCCCACAGCCCCUCUCCUCCCAGUAGUUCCAAUGCCUUCAGCCUGCUGAGUUCUGUGCAGGACAACCCCUCCACCAGCGGCUGCAGUAGUGAGGAGUCCGCUAAGGCCAAGACCCAGAAGGAGCUGCUCAGGACCGCCAAGCAGCUCAGACAUCUCCUGCCUGCUGACAAGAGGAACAAAGGCAACAAGUCCAGCUCCCUAAACACCCUGAAAUACGCACUGCGCUGCGUGAAACAGGUGGAAGCCAAUGAGGAGUACUACCAGCUGCUGAUGACCAAUGACAGUCAGCCAUCAGGCCUGGACGUGUCCUCUUACACCAUCGAGGAGAUAGACAGCAUCACCUCAGAGUACACCCUCAAAAACAAUGACAUCUUUGCUGUAGCUGUAUCUCUGAUCACGGGAAAUAUCGUCUACAUCUCAGACCAGGCCGCCUCCAUCCUCAACUGUAAACGGGGCAUCUUCAAGGAUGCCAAGUUUGUGGAGUUCUUGAUUCCCCAGGACGUUAGUGUUUUCUACAGCUUCACCACGCGCUACCGCCUGCCCUCCUGGAGCAUGUGCACCGGAGCAGAGUCAUCCCGGUCGAACUGCAUGCAGGAAAAAUCGUUCUUCUGUCGGAUCAGUGGUGGUAAGAAGUGUGAGGGGGACCUGCAGUACUACCCAUUCCGUAUGAACCCCUACCUGAUGAAGGUGCAGGAUAAGGUCCAUUCUGAGGACCAGUUCUGCUGCCUCCUACUGGCUGAGAAGGUGCACUCCGGAUACGAGGCUCCCAGAAUCCCUAGUGACAAGCGCAUCUUCACCACCACACACACUCCUAGCUGUGUGUUCCAGGAUGUGGAUGAGAGAGCUGUUCCACUUCUUGGGUACUUCCCCCAGGAUCUGAUUGGCACCCCAGUCCUUCUUCUCAUGCAUCCCGAUGACAGGCCUGUCAUGUUGGCCAUUCACAAGAAGAUCCUUCAGUACGCUGGCCAGCCGUUCGACCACUCCUCCAUCAGGUUCUGCACGCGGAACGGAAAGUACGUCAUUGUCGACACCAGCUGGUCCAGCUUCGUCAACCCCUGGAGCCGCAAGGUCUCCUUCGUUAUCGGGAGGCACAAAGUCCGCAUAGGCCCGGUGAAUGAGGAUGUGUUUGUGGCCCCGCUCCCUGCCCUCAUGGAGACUAUGGACUCUGAAGUCCAGGAGAUCACUGAGCAGAUCCACAGAUUGCUACUACAGCCGGUGCACAAUACUAGCUCCAGUGGCUACGGUAGCGUGGGAAGCAACGACUACCUUGCAGCAUCUCAGGUGAUGACCAGCGAGGGCAGCCCAAGCAGGACACGCAUCGAGGGGGAGAGCAGCUGGGCCAAACCUAGGUCAUUCCAGGAAAUCUGUAAAGGUAUCCACCUCCAGAAGAGUCGGGAACAGCAGAUCUACCAAGCCUCCUCCUCAGCCAGGCCUGAGACCAAGAAGAGCCCUGGCAAGUUCCUCCAGAAGAGUCCAGCUGUGGUGCGUUCCAAGGAAUCUGCAGCCCCUGUGGCCCCUCUGAGUUGGAGGGACAGUGGGGACAGCAGCAGCAGAACUGCAGUACAGGAGGAGCAGCUGGCCUUCAACGACCAAACGGUCUACUCAUACCAACAGAUCAGCUGUCUGUACAGCGUCAUCAGAUAUCUAGAGGGCUGUAAUGUUCCCAUCACUAUGAAGAGGAGGUGCCACUCUUCUGACAGCACUAUGUCCUCAGAUGAGGACAAGCAGAAAGGAGGGGACAAUCCCAUGCAAUUAUCUGAAGACCCUGCACUGUUUAAUCAUCAGCCUGGUCUAACCCCUGUGGAUGACGUCAUCGCAGACAAAAAGACAUACGCUACGACCUCAGCCACAGGGGCAGUGGGCUCCUCCCUGGCGGCCCUCGCUGUGCCACCGUGCGGUAAAACCGAGAGCGUGGUGUCAGUAGCAAGCCAGUGUAGCUACAGCAGCACCGUCAUCCAUGUAGGAGAUAAGAAACUGCAGCCCGAGUCAGAGAUCAUCGUAGAUGUAUCUGUGGCACGGGAGGAGGUGGAGGGGGGCAACCAGACUCCUGGGCCUCCCCCCAAUGCUGUUUCACCUCCCAGCCUGGAGAGGGAGCCCUAUAAGAAGCUCGGUCUGACCAAGCAGGUCCUAGUAGCCCACACCCAGAAGGAGGAGCAGACCUUUCUGUGUCGCUUCAGGGAGCAGAGGGGAGUCCAGGCCUUCCAGGCCAACUGUUCCCAAUACCUGGAGCGCCAGAAGGGACAAGGCGCCGCUGAUGCUCUGCCCGCUGUGCGCCCAUGCAAACAGGCCGAGCCCGCUGCCCGUCGAAGUGGGCGCAACAAGAAGACCAAGUCUAAGCGGGUGAAACAGAACGAGUCGUCCGACAGUUCCGUGUCUCAUAGGAGAAGACAGCCGCAGCCCCGACCCCACCUCCUCAACCAGGGCCUCAACCAGACCUCCUGGUCCCCCUCCAACACUUCCCAGUCCACUUUGCUGCCCCUGGCUUACCCCACCGUGGUGCCAGUCUACCCCCUCCAGGUCUACCCUGGGGCGGGCACCAUGGCUGGCACCAUGCCUACUCGCCCAGAGAAUUCAUUGGCAGGCUUCGGUGACAGCCAGUGCAACCAGGAUCCCCAGUGCCCGCCACCAAACAUCCAGCCCUUGCCCUUCUCUACUCCCAUGGUGACCCCUGUGGUGGCUCUAGUUCUCCCCAGCUGCAUGUUCCCUCAAAUGGGAAGCGGGGCUCCAGGACAGCAGCCUUUCUACCAGGCCGAGAAAGCCGGCUACCCCUCUCAGUCGCAGCCCUUCCUCCCACAGACAUCCCUCACCUUACCUGCCCAGGGUCCUUUCCCGGCUCAGCCACAGGCCUUCCCCCUACUGACGACCUUCCCAGUCCCCGCCCAGCCUUUCUCAUUCUCCAUGCCCAUGGAGGCUCCCAAGCCACCUGGGGAAACCACCCAGUCUCGCUGCUCCCCGCAUGGGACCAUGGGUGGCAGGGACCAAGCGUCCUCCCCUCCACUGUUCCAAUCAUGGUGCAGCUCGCCCCUGCAGCUCAACCUACUGCAGCUGGAGGAGACGCGGUGCUCCCUGGAGAGACAAGACAGCAUGGUGGUGGUGCCCUCCGUUGGCACACAAGGGAAUAACGCUGUCAACAUGAAGCGGGGGAGCGUGGUCUGGCAAGCCAUGGAGAAGGUCAAAGAGCUUCAGCAGGUAUACGCAUUUUCAAGUCGUACGGGAUACACAUGGUAUGCACCAUCCAACAAAAUUCUUACUUGCAGGUUCCUUCUCCACAACGCAUCAACAAGAAAUAGUAAAAGAUAAGAAUACGAACGUAAAGUGUUCAGCAGAAUAGAAUAAACAUUUUAGCAUAAGUAUAAUACAGGAAGGCACAAUUUAUAGUCCAAUAUUUACAUGUGUAUUGGGGAUGUGUGGAUUGGGGGGCAAAUGUUUAAAUUGUUUAGUAUUUAGUAAUAAUAAUUAGUGGUAGGUGUGUGUGAGUGUAUAUCUGUUUGA